UUUUUAGUAUGCAACAGAUUUUUAGUGGGAUCAGACGUGUUUCAUAUAUUGUUCUCUUUACAGUGAAAAAUAAAGCUAUGGAACAAUUAUCCAGAGCUGACUAUGCUCGGUUAAGUGCAACCCAAAGGAAUGAGUACUUGAGGAAAAUACUUGGAGAACACGACAGUGAUUCGAGUAGGGUUUCUGAUAGCGAUGACGAAGACUGGAUUCCAGCAAAUAGAGCUAGACAUCAAAAUCAACAAGGAAAUUCAGUGCGUGACCAACCAGAAGAUUCUGAAGAUACAGAAGAAAUCGCUAAAGAGAAUUCAGCAGUAGAAGAAGAAGAAAAAGUUGAGAGCAGCGAGAGUGAAGAUGAUGACAAUGAAGUAGAAACAGCUGAGCCUGAAGGAAGAGCUCAAGAACCAUCUGGGAGUUUUAUUGCCAAAGAUAAAACAGUGUGGAACAAAACUCCACCAACUCAGCAUCAGACCGCAGCUCAUAAUGUUGUACGCCGGCGGAGUAGGCCUCAUCGCAGUACGGAAACGUUGUCAAUUAGCGAGACUUUCAAAAAAAUAUUUACUUACGAAAUGGUUGAUAUAAUCGUCCGUCACACUAAUAAAAAAGCUGAAACAAUUUUCCAAGAGUACAAUCCGAACCAUACAAACUUACAGCAUCAAUGGAAACCCGUUACGAUACCCGAAAUUUAUUGGUUCUUCGGAAUCUUGAUUUGUGCUGGAGCAAAUAAUUCGAAUACAGAUCAUGACAUGUGGCACUCCAAUUCUUAUCCGCUGUAUCGCGCGACGAUGGGAUUAACGAGAUUCCAUAAUAUUCUGCGUUUUUUGCGAUUCGACAAUGGUAAUACUCAAAGUGAACGUAAAAAAGAAGACAAGGCAGCUCCAAUUCGUGUUGUAUGUACAAUGUCAAUAUAUUCCAUCGAAACCAGCUAAGUGUGGUAUUAAGAUCUGGUGGAUUUAUGAUACAGAAAACGCGUAUUCUUUGCAAGGGAUUAUGUACACUGGCAAAACAAAUAAUACUCGAGAAAAAAUCAGGGUGAAAGAGUAGUGAAAGAAUUGGCGGCUCCGUACCGAGGUAGUGGUAGAAACAUCUGCAUGGAAUAUUACCAUUGUUGGGAUGCUAAAAAAUAAUGAAUCUUACAUCUCUAGUGUUAUGAUAGCGAAUAAGACACGGGAGCAGUAUUCCACAGUUUUUGGAUUUCACGAAAAGGUUACCAUGUGUUCCUAAGUUCAUAAAAAAAAGAAAGCUGUCAUUCUGAUAUCUACAAUGCAUUCAGAUAUAUCAGUUGGUGAUGACGCUAAAUGAAAACCAGAAAUAAUAAUUUUCUUUUGAUAAAUAUUAAGCUAAGUGAAGAACUUGCAUUACCGAUGAUUGAACAUCGCACGGCGAGUCCACGAGUAAUGAGCUACUUCUCAACAAAAAUGCCAUUGAAAGUGUAUUAAACCAUAUGCUGACAGAAACAGUCGUGAUAAAUCCUGGUGCAGAGACUCCAAAAGAUAAAACCGGAAAGAAAAAAGUAACAGGAACUUGUCAUGUUUGCAAUGCUUUACCAAUAAGAAGACGGCGAAAGACACGUAAGGCCUGUGCCAAUUGUCACCAACCUGUGUGUGACGAGCACUCAGUUAAUCGUGUACAAUGUGUUCAAUGUGAUUAAUUAUAAAAAAAGUCUAAUAUUUCUUUAUUUUUUUAAUACAAUUUAGUUGCAUGCAUUAAUAGAAAUUAUAUACAAUUUUUUCCCUAUGCUUUCCACUGUGGGUACCCGGUUGAUAUGGUCGAUGGCUAGAGUUUAAGCUUAUUUAAAAAAAAAAAAAAAAAAAAAAA